AUGCCUCGCUACACUUCUCCUGUGGACGGCGCGCAACUGUACUAUCGCGACUACAAACCUAUCCGCACCGAGAACUCCGAACAAGCGAGCACCAAGCCCGCCCUAGUCUUCCUUCAUGGCUGGCCAUAUUCCUCAUUGACAUGGGAGACUCUUACUGUACAACUAUGUGUGAACCACGGCUUCCGAUGCAUUGCCCCGGAUCGCCGUGGAUUCGGUAAGAGUGACUGGGACGGCCCUCAGAGUGAUGCCCAGAUCACAUACGAGACCUUUGCCCAGGACACCGUGCACUUGCUGGAGAAAUUCCUUGGCGUUGGGCCUUUUGUGUUUAUCACCGCUAGUAUGGGGGCUGGGGAGAGUAUUCUCGCGCUUGAAGCGAGUGAGUAUCUCAGGAAGAAUUGCAAGGGACUAGUAUGGGUUGCUCCAGCCCUUCCAGGCAAAUUGCCAGGAGAAGACAACCGCACCACGGGACCGAAAGCAGUCUGGGAUGAUAUCUGCGCUGGUUUCCAAAAGGCCCGAGCUGACUUUGUCCAUGCUGCUCUCCCAGGAGUUGUAGUGGGCACUUCGGGGGUCACUCUCUCUCCCGAGGUUUUGAGAGAAAAUGAGAGGAUUGUUGAAGACGCCGAUGGGCUGGCUAUUCAGCGCUGUGCUCACAUUGUCCGAGAGGCCGAUUUCAAUGAGAAGCUCGUGCGACUUGGAGAGGACUCCAAUGUUCCUAUUCUUUGCCUUCAUGGGGACUGUGAUCAGGGCGCUCCAUUUGAGAAGAGCACAAAGAUUGUCAAGGAGAUCAUCCCGAGAGUUCAGGUGGAGCUUUAUGAAAAGGCGGCACAUGCUCUCAAUGUCACGCACGCCGAUAGAGUGCUUGAGGAUGUUCUGAAAUUCGUCCAGGCUUAA